AUGUUCAUUUAGUCUGUCGGCAGGUUUCGAGCAUUACUUACUCGUCGAGUUUGUCCCAUUUUGCCAUUCAACAGCGCUCCAUCGAGAAGCCAUGUCGGCCGGAGCGAUGAAGACGAGUGUGGCAGAAAUCGGCCCAAAUGUGUCGUUUCCGAGGCCUGUGACAUCCUCGAGCGCCUCUAUGCCUCUCCGAUGGCAUCGACGAUCAGCGAAGACAGCAUCAGCGCCUGUGAACUUACGUCCGAGACGACGGAGGCGACAUCCGCCAACUGGAGCCUGAAACAGAUGCACGACUGUGGCUUCGACGUGGAUGCAGCGUCACUUGCUGCUGCCAGGAGCAAGACCGACCCUUCGGAAGAGGCGAUGUCAGGUGAGCAAGUUCUCUGA